AUGGAGGCAGAUGAUUGGCUAAGGACAAUCGACAGCAAGCUUCAGAUAGCUCAGUGCAAUGGAAGAGAAAAAGUUCUCUUUGCAUCCCACCAACUCAGUGGGCCAGCUCAGGAGUGGUGGACUGCUUACACUGCCGCUCAUGAGGACCCCCAGGAGAUCACCUGGGCAGAAUUCCGAAGCAGUUUCCGCGCUCACCAUGUUCCUAUCGGAGAAAUAAAGCUGAAAAGGAAGGAGUUCCUCAGUCUCAAACAAGGCCCUAUGUCUGUAAGAGAGUACCUCACUAAGUUCACUCAACUGUCUCGCUACACCCCCAGUGAUGUUGACACAGACGAGAAGAAGCAGGACUGUUUUCUUGAAGGUCUAAACUCCGGUCUACAGUAUGCCCUCUCUGCCAACGAGUACCCUAAUUUUCAGAAAUUGGUGGAUAGAGCUUUCAUAUUAGAAAAGAAGCGCCAGAAUCUAGGUGAAGAACGUAAGCGCCAUCUGCAGGGUCAGUCUUCUGGCAGUAACACUCGCCCCCGUUUCAACGCCCCUGCCACUGGUCCGAUGUUCCGCCAGGGAGGUCAGAACCAGCUGCAGCAAAACCAGCAGAGGCCACCGCAGAAGAUGCAAGGUCAGGUUACAGGGUCUUACAAGCCCCCGAUUCAGCAACAACAACAGCCUCGCCCCAACUUCCAGCAGCAGCGACCCAACCACAACCAGCCACAACCGCAGAAACGCACAGGUCAGGGGUUAGGCAACAUUGGUCCGUGUUUCAGUUGCGGCCAAUUCGGGCAUCUUUCCAAGCAAUGCCCUAAGAAGCAGCAAGGUCAGGCCCAAGGUAGUAACAACCAGCAGCAGCAGCCCCGCCAGAACACGAUGCAUGGUCGCGUCAACCACGUUGCAGUGGAGGAAGCCCAAGAAGCUCCCGACGUAGUGCUGGGAAUCGAUAUCAUUCUGGGAAUGGAUUGGCUGACCAAGUACAAAGGAGUCAUAGGAUGUGCAACAAAGACAGUACAGCUGACGCAUACUGAUGGUACCAAAGUGGAAUUCCAAGCUACAACAGAGUCAGCCAUCAACGCCAGUUUGAACAAAACCAAUGCAGUGGAAGAUAGCAGGAGAAUGGAUGCCAACCAGUUGGCUGAGCUCAAGGAGCAAAUGCAAGAGCUACUAGACAAAGGGUUUAUUCGCCCCAGUUCUUCGCCCUGGGGAGCCCCUGUAAUCUUCGUUCCAAAGAAGGAUGGUACACAGAGGAUGUGUAUAGACUAUCGAGCUCUGAAUGAAGUAACAAUAAAAAACAAAUACCCUCUGCCUCGCAUUGAAGAUCUGUUUGAUAUGCUGAUAGGAGCAUGUGUGUUUUCCAAGAUUGAUCUUAGAUCUGGAUAUCACCAGCUGAAGAUUCGUGCUUCGGAUAUUCCCAAGACUGCAUUUGUUACUCGGUACGGUCUAUACGAGUACACAGUAAUGUCUUUCGGACUGACCAAUGCCCCAGCAUACUUCAUGUAUCUGAUGAACAAGGUUUUUAUGGAAUAUUUGGACAAGUUCGUUGUGGUAUUCAUCGAUGACAUCCUGGUUUACUCCCAGAACGAAGUAGAACAUGAGGAACAUUUAAGGAUGGUAUUGCAGAAACUCAGGGAGAACCAGUUGUUUGCCAAACUGAGCAAAUGUGAAUUUUGGUUGAAGGAAGUUCCUUUCCUCAGUCACAUCAUAUCAGCAGGAGGUGUGUCCAUAGAUCCAUCCAAGGUAAGAGACGUUCUGAAUUGGAAGCCACCGCAGAAUGUGUCUGAGAUUCGUAGUUUUCUGGGUUUAGCAGGAUACUAUCGUCGAUUUAUUGAAGGUUUCUCCAAGAUAGCGAAGCCAAUGACCGAACUGUUAGGGAAGGGAGCAGAGUUCAAGUGGACAACAGCUAGAGAAGCCAGUUUCAAUGAAUUAAAGAAAAGGUUGACCUCAGCACCAGUUUUGAUCAUGCCAGACACUCAGAAGCCAUUCUCGGUAUAUUGUGAUGCAUCCCGUCAAGGUUUGGGAUGUGUGCUUAUGCAAAAAGGCCACGUUAUAGCUUAUGCAUCCCGGCAGCUAAGAAAGCAUGAAGAGAAUUAUCCAACGCAUGAUUUGGAGCUAGCCGCAGUUGUUCAUGCACUCAAGAUUUGGAGGCAUUACCUGAUUGGACAAAGAUGUGAGAUAUAUUCUGAUCAUAAGAGCUUAAAAUAUAUUUUCACUCAGCCGGAUCUUAACCUAAGACAACGCAGAUGGUUAGAGCUUAUUAAGGACUAUAAUUUGGGAAUCAACUAUCAUCCAGGAAAGGCGAACGUAGUAGCCGAUGCCUUGAGCAGAAAAUCUCAGGUUAAUUCUAUGACUCUCCAAGAGUUGAGUCCCGAACUAUGCAAGGAAUUCAAGAGGUUGAAUCUAAGUAUGGUGUGUAAUACCGAGAUGAUUGCUAUGGAAAUAGACUCAACACUUGAACAAGAUAUAAGGAAGGGUCAGCUUGAAGAUGACAAGAUUUUGGAGAUCAAGCAAUUGAUCAAAGCAGGCAAAGCCCCGGACUUUUCUGAAGACAAGCAGGGCGGCCGGCGUAGAACGGUCCUGAUGUUGGAAGGCUACCCGGGUUCCGCGGUGGUCAAGACCGUUGGUGCCAUGACCGGAGCAGCUGAGGAGAUAACUGCAUCUCUGAAUGAGCACGCGGCGGAGGUGCGCAGGCCCUCACUCCGGGAGGACGGGCAGGAAAACCGCCAGCACAACUCCUUCGCCCAGCUCGCCGGUAGGAACGGCUACGCCGACGGUGACAAAGGAGAAUGGGAAACCGAUGGCUGUUGCUGGAAUUAA